CCUGGGGACGAUGGAGCGCCCAGCAGCUGCCUGCGGGGUCCUGGCGGGCUCUGAUCCUGGGUCACAGAAGGGCCAAGUGGUGACCGAGGAGGAAUGGCUGCAAAAAUGGGAAACGGGUAAAAUCGGGUUUCACAAGGAACAAGGGCAUCCGCUCCUCCAGAAGUAUCUGGAUGUUCUUCUAAACGGCAGGAGUGGACUGAGGAUAUUUUUCCCACUUUGUGGUAAAGCAGUAGAGAUGAAAUGGCUGGCGGACAUGGGACACAGCGUUGUUGGUGUGGACGUCAGUGAGCAAGCGCUGAAGGAAUUUUUUGCAGAACACGGUCUGCCUUAUUGCGAGGAGCCAGUCCCAGGGAUUUCAGGAGGAAAAAUGUUGCAGAGUACUUCGGGGAACAUUUCUCUGUACUGCUGCAGCAUUUAUGAGUUGUCCAG